AUGGUUCUAGAAGUAUGGUUGGCUCUAGAAGUAUGGUUGGCUCUAGAAGUCGUAUGGUUGGCUCUAGAAGUCGUAUGGUUGGCUCUAGAAUUCUUAUGGUCGGGUCUAGAAGUAUGGUUGACUCUGGAAGUCGUAUGGCUGGCUCUGGAAGUCGUAUGGUUGGCUCUGGAAGUCGUAUGGUUGGCUCUGGAAGUCGUAUGGUUGGCUCUGGAAGUCGUAUGGUUGGCCCUAGAAGUCGUAUGGUUGGCCCUAGAAGUCGUAUGGUUGGCCCUAGAAAUCGCAUGGUUGAGUCUAUAA